AUGUUGCGUCAAUUAAGCUUACGUUCCUGUCGUGCGUCAGUGCUGCUGUUGCCAUCCCGAAAGACCUUGUCAUCGUCUAGCAGGUCCGAUAUAUUGUACCAGUAUCUUGUGCGUCGAUGCAGCUCUUCUGUGGCUCUCACGGAUCAGAAUUCCACCCAGGAGGACGCUGCAAGCAUCGCCACCAUCCGGAACAUUGGCAUUUUGGCGCAUAUCGACGCUGGUAAGACUACUACAACGGAGCGCAUGCUAUUUUAUGCUGGAGCUAUCCGAAAAAUGGGUGAAGUACACGAUGGCGAUGCAACGAUGGACUUUUUACCUCAGGAACGGGAGCGAGGCAUCACCAUUGGGGCCGCUGCCAUCAGCUUCCCAUGGCGUGAGUAUUACAUCAAUUUAAUUGAUACGCCUGGUCACGUUGACUUCACUAUUGAAGUAGAAAGAGCUUUACGUGUACUGGAUGGAGCUAUUGCAGUGUUGGAUGGCGUUGCGGGCGUGGAAGCCCAAACGGAAACGGUCUGGGAACAGGCAAACAGAUACAAAGUACCGCGUAUUGCUUUUGUGAACAAGUUGGAUCGUGAAGGAUCGAGCUUUUAUAGAUCGUGCGAGUCCAUUGAAGCCAGGUUUGGAGUGCAAACGCUGUGUGUACAGCUACCUGUUGGAGAGGAAGCAGAUUUUAAAGGCAUACUCGAUUUAGUGGACAUGCAAUUGGUUAAGUGGGUGGACACGGAAGGUAAACAGGUUCAGCGAUUGCCUUUGUUGUCGUCUACAGGUGGAAAGAUGGCGGAAUUGUAUGCAGAAGCACUUGCAGGACGUCAGACGCUAAUUGAACGUGCUUCUAAUUUUGAUGACGAGCUCGGCGAACUUUUUCUGAUGGAAGAAGAGAUCGAUAACGACACGCUAAAAGCAGCACUUCGUCGGAUCACGGUGCAGCGUGACAUGGCAUCUAAAGUCGUUGUUACACUUUGCGGUAGUGCACUGAAGAACAAGGGCGUACAACCGCUACUAGAUGCUGUGGUAGACUAUUUGCCGUCGCCUGUGGAUUUGUCCCCAUUUGAAGCUCACACCGUUGAAGGCGGCAAGAAAACCCGUGGUCGUGGUCAUAUUGAAGAGAACAAAGUGAUUCAGAUGAAGGCAUCCUCAAGCGAGCCGCUUUGUGUACUUGCCUUCAAGGUUCAACACGACCGGCAGCGUGGUCUUGUGGUAUUCGUCCGCGUGUAUUCUGGUGUGUUGAAUGCCAAAUCUCAAUUGGUAAACACGUCACGUGAUAGCAGGAAGGAACGGAUAACAAGACUUAUGCAUGUUGCUGCGGACGGUCAGGAGGCUGUAGAAAGUAUCUCGGCUGGCCAUAUUGGUGCUGCUGUGGGUCUAAAGCACACGUUCACCGGUGACACUUUGAUAAGUGGUCAGGAUGGUACCCACCCUAUUGUGCUACCAGGCGUCCAAAUUCCCAAGCCUGUAUUCACGUGUUCAAUUGAGGCCGAGUCAUCUGCUAAGCAAAAGGAUCUCGACACAGCGCUGGAGCAUUUGCAACGUGAGGAUCCAAGCUUUGUGGUAACAGCGGAUGAUGAGACUGGCCAAACGCUAAUGUCGGGUAUGGGCGAGCUUCAUUUGGACAUUAUCAAGGAGCGACUGCGCAGCGACUACAAGCUUGAACCUUCUAUUGGCACUAUGCGCGUAGCUUACUUGGAGAGCAUUAUCAACUCUAAUGAGCUACUAUACACUUACGAUGUCAUGCUGGGAACUGACCGCCACUUUGCAAAGCUGACAGUCCACGUGAAUCCACUGCUCGAGCUCCAAGGAAACGAUCAAAACGAGGGCAACAAUGGAGAUGAUGAAAAUAACAGCAAUGUUGUUCACUGGAAGCAUCAGGGCGCAAAAAAAAUGCCCCAUGCGUUUGUUUUGGCGAUUGAGGAGGGUCUGCGGGCUGGACUGAGUCGCGGAGUGCUGACGCCAAAUCGUGUUGCGUACGUAAAGGUCACAGUGGACGAAGCUAACUGCGAGUGGGAUUCCGACUCGAGUGCAGCAUCUUUUCGCGCAGCGGCUGCGCUUGCACUGAAACAGGCUCUUAAGGAAGCUGAUCCGGUCCUCUUAGAGCCAAUGAUGAAGCUCGAGGUGCGCUCGCCCGACCGUUGCGUUGGCGAUGUUCUAGCUGACUUGAGUUCUCAGAGACGUGCACACAUUCAGGAGGUGACGUCUGCUUUUGAUGGUGACAAUACUGGCGCGAUUGCCAAUCAAGGCCGCUCUAUUGUCCACGCUCACGUUCCACUGGCACACAUGGUCGGUUAUGCGACUUUAUUGCGCUCAAAGACACAGGGCGAAGCCUCGUUCGGAAUGCAGUUUUUACAGUAUGUGGAGGUCGACCCAGCAACUCGUGACCGCUUAACUGGAAACUUUUGCAAAGCUUCAAUGAAGAGUUUUGCUUCAAGUGAUUAA